AUGCCUCGCGGUGUCAAGAAGGAGGAGAGCAUGCAAGAUGCGGACUACGUGCCCGACGCGUCAGUGCCCUCCAUGUCCGACGCGAACAUUGAUCUAGGCGGGGCAGCCACGCCCGGCGCCGACAUCAACAUCAAGAACCACUUCCCUGUCGCGCGCAUAAAGCGCAUCAUGCAGGCCGACGAUGAUGUAGGCAAGGUUGCCCAGGUCACGCCCGUUGUUGUGUCAAAAGCGUUAGAACUCUUCAUGAUCUCCCUCGUCACAAAAGCCGCCGCCGAGGCAAAGUCGCGCAACUCGAAGCGCGUCAGCUCCAUCCACCUCAAGCAGGCCAUCACCAAGACCGAAUGCUUCGACUUCCUUAACGAGAUUGUCUCAAAGGUCGCCGACGCUCCGGAAAAGAACGAGGGCGAUUCCAUGGACGUCGACGGCAAGAAGAAGAAGACAUCAACCCGAAAGAAGAAAAAGGCUGAGAGCGAUGAGGACUUUUGA